GAAAGCAAUGGCUCUCGUCAAAAGACAGACGCACUUAAGGCUGAUCUAAAUCCAAGUACACACCCUUUCGAGGAUAAAGAUUGAGCUGUAGAAUUUAUUUUUGGGCCAACCUUUCUGUCGAUUCCUUUCCUUUUCUCAGCUUUCGUGGCAUACGACCUCAAAAGGACCUAAAAUUGAAAAGUGAAGUUUCAAACGAGUGCAAACAUAACUAACAAAAACAGUGGCGUAAGCAUAAGACUAGAAAUUGAAGUGAUUUUUUUAUAAAACAGUGUUAAACUGAUAAUUAAUAUCGAUCAAGUUUUAUAUAAAUCCCGUGAAAAUAUUUACGUUUCUUGAAGAUAUAACUUGUGUUUUGAAAACGCCAUGCCUUAGAAACGCUGCCAUAUUUUUCGACUGGACGUGUAGUUGAACUAAACAAAGACGUACGGUGCAGUGUUACGCAGCAGCUUGCCUAUCGAAAAGUGUGCUGAUGGAGUAAGUGACGUAAGUCGGAACUAAGUCGAUAAUAAGAAUCCGUAAGUUUUGUACCGAGCCGAUUUUAGUUCGGCUUGUUGUUUCGUGGUCACCGCCAUUUUGCAGUUGCGAUAGAAAGGUGAAAAUCUCGGUAAAUAUAAAAGGUUUUUAAAUGUGGUUUUUAGAUUUAAGUGACGUGAAGUGUUACUUAUAAGUGUCGUGAAGAAAACCCUUUAAUAAUGGAUCAGAUAUGACGCAUCCAAACUUUCAAACUAACGGAGCUAGUUUAGAAGAUUGCCACACAAAUUUCUUUGCCUUGACCGAACUUUCUGGUAUUAAAUGGCGUAAGUUAGUAUGGAGCGAGGCGGACAGGAACGGCGGUGGCGGUGGGGGCGGAGGGGUAGGCCACCACGGUCCACCUCCGGGAGGUGGAAACACCGGUACCGAACCAUUGGAAGAUCCGGUUCUGAGAAGUUACGCGAGAUGUUUAGCCGCCGAUAUUCUUUGUGUAUGGAGACGAGUUUCGACGUCUCGCGCCGCCGAUAUGUUCGAUUUAGGUCCACCUCCGUCUACCCAACCGCCGCCACUUAGUUUAUCCGCCUCCAAGGAACUCUGGAUUUUUUGGUACGGAGAAGAGCCUGAUUUGAACGAGCUGGUAGCUCCGGAAUUGAAUAUGAACGAUUGCGAACAGGGUUCCUGGGAAUCCGGACUGUCUUACGAAUGUCGUUCUCUGCUUUUCAAAGCUCUCCACAACCUCAUAGAACGAUGUCUUCUUUCACGCGAUUUUAUUCGGAUCGGUAAAUGGUUCGUCCAACCGUGCGGCGCGCCAGUAAAACGAUCAAACGACGGUAUAAAUAACGGUAAUAAUAAUAAUAAUAAUAAUAAUACAACUUCGGAAGGAGUUUCCGUUGGAAACGCGCAUCUCAGCUUCUCUUUUGCGUUUUUCGUACACGGUGAAAGUUCGGUCUGUGCAUCCGUAGACGUUAGACAACAUCCGCCAGUACGCAGGUUAUCCAGGUGGCACGUCCAACAGGCGCAGGCGUCCACGGCAGGACUUAAAGUUGUCUUGGCACCUUUCGGUCUAUCCGGCGUUUUAACCGGUCAUAGCUUUAAAUCUCCCGAAGCUACGACUCGUUUAUUGGACGAUUGGAGUCAGUUUUACCCUUUGGAUAAGAGCAGCACUUUAACGGACAGUAGCGUCGUUGAAGUAAUAGUAGGCGGCGUUAAAAUGCGUUAUCCGUCUUGUUACGUUUUAAUAACCGAUAUGGACGAAAGCGCAAAUUCCGCCGUACUCAACGGUCUACCUCCGACUAGUCCUUCGGCGGUAGUAACAACGGCGGUUAUAGAAGAACGAACAGAGAAAAGAGGCUGUAGUCCAGUGGCUAUGGUACAAACACCACCACCUAGUCCUGUUAACAUCAAUAGCAGAGUCGUACAACCUGGACCUUAUACUGUAUCGGUGGAACAUUUUUAUUCGAUGUCGAGGGAUGCGACAGCAGCUACUGUGUUACCAGAAAGAACGUGGCAGGAAUGCAUCUUGGGAGGCGGCGGUCAAAACGCCCAACAGGAUAAAGAAUUUAGCGGAAAUUGGGAUUUCGUUGAACCGACCAGAAGGACCAAUUGUAUUUGUUCCAAGUGUAGAAAAUCUAUAGCACCAACUAGUAGUUCGAAUAAAUGGACAUCGAGCAGUGGGGCAUCUCCCCGAUGGUCAAGUGGGAAAACUGGAAGGACUAAAGUUCCUUUCCAUAGACGCUCGCCUUUGUUACCCCUAACAAAUGAAAGAUGCAACAGUGGUUCGUAUACACCCCAAGGCGGACCACCUUCGUAUCCGCGUACGCAAGAAUCCACCGCUAUACCGUCGGUCGGUUCGCCUCCUUCUGUAGCUCCUUCGCCGUUACCGAAUCCUCAUUCUCAACCGGCUUCGGUUCCUCCGGGAGAUCAAACGAUGCCGACGCUAUCGCCCCAUCCUCCCACAGCUAAUCCUUCACCGUUAGAAAAAACUCAUACACCUGAUAUGCCUCUUAAGAGCGUCGACAGUUCCGGUAAUAGUCCCACCACCGCCACAAUUUCCGAAAUCAAAAAUGAAACGCAAACCAACGUGAUCAAUUUACCAAUGCUGAAGAGGCCUUUGCUGAUAAGUAAAGAGUACGAGGUGAGUGUGGCGCUAGGGGAAGAAGAACAAACCCUGGAAAUGUUGUACGAUUAUUCGACGAUGGACGCUUGGUUGAAUCAUCCAGUGAAAAAGUUUAAACCGGAUGGUAAAGAGAACCAGAGGUUGAACAGGCUAGGGAAACAGGAUAUUUAUUCGCUCUAUGAUAAAAGUUAUAUCGUUAACCAAACCAAUGAGGUUGUGAAUAAUAAUAAUAAUAAGAAUCAACCGUUGAUUGUUAAACAGGAAAUUAAACAAGAACCAGGACAAAGCGUCGAAACGGAUACGGCGUUGACGACAAAUUCCGUACCGCACGGCGUAAAAAGGCCGGGGGAUCCUUACGAAUUCGAAGAAGACGGUAGCGGAACGAAUUGCAACAUCGACGGUUUUAAAAGGGGACAGGCGGUCGUUGUGGGCGGCGUUAAAGAAGAAAACAAGGAAGUGAAAAAAAUAACCACAACAGAUAAUUUGUUUACCAGUGAAGGUUUGCAACCUUCUUACAAAGAUCUCGAUCAGAUUUUCGAUAAUUCCGAUUAUACGAGUAGCGACGAAGCGAUGCAAAUACAAACACCUCCCGGUUCGACUACAAUCAAUCAUCACGAUGAAAAUAAACGAUUUUCUGGCGGACACGGUUGUCCUAACGUCGGUAUACCGUGUCCAGCCGAACUUAGCAAAAUGUUUCCGACGCCUCCUAGUUUAGAACACAAUCCCAUAGCGUCGCCGUGCGGUCUAACUGAUAUACCUCUUCCGGAAUUCUCCACCGAUCUCGGCAUUGUCAGGGUGAAACAGGAAAUUUAUCCGAAUAUGGGUAGUCCGCCGGAAGAAAAUAUAGAAGAUUGGAGUUUCGUAUUCAAACCGCCGCCUAUAUGUAAGAUGGUAGGUAGCAGCAAAUACGCUCCACUUACCAAUUUACCGAGUCAAAGUUUACCGCCGGUGUCGCUUCCGACGAAUUUUACGUAUAAACCAUCGUGGGUGCAACACGUCGAAAAACAACAAACCAACCAACAGACCAACAAUAACAACAACGUCACUACCACUUCCAAUAAUAAUCAAAACGCUCCGGCUACUACUUUACCUAAUAGUGUUCAUCAGAAUACGACUUUGUUUCCUCCUAGUCCGUUAACGAACGCGGGUACGCCGGGUAGUUUCCGACCGCCUCCGCCCCCGUACGAAAUGGCAAGUCCGGCGACGUCCACCGCCAGUUCGUAUUUAAAUAAGAAUCUCAAUUCAGUAGAGGCGGCGCCGACGCCUACGCCCGGUAUACCGCAAAGAACGCCGGAAGCCUCCAGUCUUGUGCUCAACAUUCUGCUCACCGAUACUGCCUUCAAUAUAUUCAGAGAUCACAAUUUCGAUAGUUGUACAUUGUGCGUAUGUAACGCCGCCGGCAAGGUGGUAGGUAAUAUUAGAGGAGCCGACGCCGGUAUCUAUUUACUCAAUACGCAAAGUGAUAAGCAACACGCUAGCGCACAACCGAGUAGUCCGUAUCCGGGUAACAGUAUGGGUCAACCGCCGCCUUACGGUACCAUGAUGAACGAAGAUAAUCAUUCGAACGACGAAGAUUCCAUAAGGUGUAGUUGCGGCUUUUCGGCAGUAGUUAAUAGAAGAUUGGCGCACGGGAGCGGAUUAUUUUACGAAGACGAAGUCGAAAUUACCGGUAUCGCCGAAGAUCCGGGGGAAAAGAAAAAAUCUUCUUUACUCUCUUUUCUCGUCGCAAACAAUUCGAUAAAAUUAGAUCCGAACAUCGAUAGGGAUCAGAUCGAUAUAUUACCGCACAGCCUUAUAGAAUUGGUUAGGGAACAACUAGUCUUUAUACCGAAUACCACGAAUUCUUUAUGUCGAGUCGCCGGCGGUUGUACGAGGACGAAAUUGAACAUCCGAAGUAAUAGCAAUAUACACGUUUUGGAAUAUACGGAUAGUCACGAAGUUACGUGCAUAGCUUUGGAACAGAGUAAAAACUUUUUCGAAAGUAUGGGAAUGUGCAAAAUUGAAGAUAUAAAAAGUUCGAAAAAUUCUCAACUCGUUACAGUACACAGGUGGCCAUUCUUAAGGGCUACCGGUCCGCAAUGUAAUCAAGACAUAGUCAGGGUAAUGCGAAAUUUACAACCCCUAUUACAAGAAGCCAUCCAAAAGAAAUGCCAAACGAGACUGUGGGAAGCACCUUCGGCAGUCAAGGGACCACUUACUUGGAGACAGUUCCACAGGUUGGCCGGUAGAGGUACCGACGAUAGAUGCGAACCUCAACCGAUACCGUCUGUUAUAGUCGGUCACGAUAAAGAUUGGUUAUCGCUCUCUCCUUACGCCCUUCAACAUUGGGAAACUCUCCUAUUGGAACCUUAUUCGUACGCUAGGGACGUCGCUUAUAUCGUCGUAGCGCCCGAUAACGAUAUGAUUUUACCGAGAGUAAGAACAUUCUUUAGGGAAUUGUCGACGGCGUACGAAAUGUGCAAAUUGGGUAGACACAGUCCCAUUACCAAAGUACUUCGCGACGGAAUUUUGAGGGUAGGGAAAACGGCAAAAACGAAAAUCGGCAACGAACCCGUCGAGGAAUGGUUUACGCUUUUAGGGGAAGGAGAAACGACGGAUAUGUUGAAAUUGUAUGCGCAGGUGUGCAAACAUCAUUUAGCGCCUCAUCUUCAACAAGUUCCUAUGGAUAAGACGUUAUUAGAUCCGCCUCAAGAAAAUACUACGGAUCAACCGACCCCUAGUCCUAUGCCACCUCCUAGCACACCCGAAAACGCAAGUCAGUCGUCGGUUUCUACAAGUUCCGACAAAGCAUCGACCCCAAAAAGUGAUCAAGACGGCGAGGGCUCAAAAGAUUCGUCACCUAUCCAUAACGCCAACGAUCCCGUUCCGCACGACGACGACGAAAGAGAAGUACCGUCGGUGAUAGUGUACCUCGUGGAACCGUUCACUUUGGGUACCGAUCAACCGGAAUUACAAAGAUUAGCCUGUCUGGCUUUAUUGAGAUGUUACCAAUCGGUUCUGGCGGCCGUUCCCGAAAAUAUCAGAAAUAACAUUAGCGUUCAAAUAAUAUCCUUAGAAAGUAUAGUCGAAUUGAACAAAGCUAGGAAUAGAAAUCGACACAGCGAUCAUAUGAGAGCUUUGGCGUUGAAUAUAUUCUCUCAAUGUAGAAGACUCUUAAUCCAUACUAAUAACGUUAAAUCUUUAACCGGUUUCGGUACUGCUGCUAUGGCCGAUCAAUUCCUCAAGAGCAAAGACGAAAAGAAUCGAGCGCCAUACAAACUGUAUACGCCGCCUUACAUCUUGGCGCCGAUGAGGGGUAAACAAGAACCUGCCGACGCGUUUAGUAAAGGAGCUCAAGAACAAGAAUCUGUUCUUUAUCUCAGCUAUUGCCUUUCCGAAGAUCAAAGUUGGUUAUUAGCAGUGGCUACUGACGAAAAAGGUGAAAUAUUCGAAACGAUUACCAUAAAUGUUGAUAUACCGAAUAGGAGUCGAAGGAAAAAGGCAUCGGCUAGAAGAGUCGGUUUGGAGAAAUUGAUGAAUUUCAUUUUGGGCGUUAUGUCUCAAAGCGUAAGACCGUGGAGAUUGGUCGUAGGUAGACUCGGAAGGAUAGGUCACGGCGAAUUGAAAGGUUGGAGUUGGUUGUUGAGUCGAAAGAAUCUUUUGAAAGCUUCGAAACAACUCAAAGAAAUUUGCAAUCAAUGUUCUAUGAUGUACCCAAAUUCGGUACCUUGCAUAUUGAGCGCGUGUCUUGUCAGCCUCGAACCAGACUCCGUACUUAGAUUAAUGCCCGACCAAUUUACUCCGGACGAACGAUUCAGUCAGGUAUCCGUCAACUCUCAACUGUCCACGCCGCAGGACGUUAGUUGUACUCACAUCCUCGUUUUUCCAACUAGCGCCACGACGCAAUCUUCUCAAACGGCUUUUCAAGAACAACACAUCACUGCCGAUCUGGGCGACGACGGUUUAUUCAGUCCAUUCGACGAAGACAUGCCCGAAGGUAUCGACGGCAUGAACGAUUUCCACGACAUAUUCAAUUGGACUGAAAUCGUACCGGGCGGAGGUCAAAGUCCCCCAGGAAGUCCGAGAAGGGAAGAAGGAGGUGCCGGAAGUCCGAAUGGUGGUGCUAACGUCGGUAGAGAAGGUACGCCAAUGAUAGGGAUGAAUUCGAAAGGUAUCGAACCUGUCGAAGAAGUCGGCGUCGUUUUGCAACAACCUCUGGCUCUCGGAUAUUUCGUUUCUACUGCUCCUACCGGUAAAAUGCCUCGUUGGUUUUGGUCGUCGUGUCCGCAUCUCGAGGGAGUUUGCCCCGCAUUUUUGAAGAACGCUUUACAUUUGCACAGUCCUAACAUCCAACAGAAUUCGGACGAUUUAUUUCAACAAUCAUCGACGGUGACGUCGCAUCCGUUGGAUUCCCAAUAUACCACGGACGUUUUGAGAUAUGUUUUGGAGGGUUACAAUGCUCUCUCUUGGCUGGCGUUGGAUUCGAAUACGAAGGAUCGUUUAUCUUGCUUACCAGUCCAUAUGCAAGUCUUAGUUCAAUUGUAUAAUACCGCGGCGGCACUCCUCUAAAAGAAAAAAACACUGAAAAGUACUUACCGAACCAAAUUUUCGGACAUUUUUUUUUGGCAUUCAUUAUGGAAAUGUAUGAUUUCAUAAACGCUCAAAAAUUGUAUUUCCUUUACUCGAUUCUCUGUAUAUUUGACAUCGUUACAAUAUUUUUGAAUAAAACAGAAUUGAAAGAAAAAGAAAAAUGUCCUUCAUACGUGACCAUAGGAACGAAUUUUUAAAAUUUAAAAAAGAAAAUACUCAAACAUGACGAGUCAUUAAAAGAAUUAUAUAUAUAUAUAUAUAUAUAUAUAUAUAUAUAUAUAUAUAUAUAUAUAUAUAUAUAUAUAUAUAUAUACUUUAACGUGUUAUUAUUAAAUGUGAAAAACCUUUUUUAUGUGUACAAAAAAAAGAAUAUUGUGAUAUUUAGAAAGUUAAUUUUUUUAGGAUGUGAAAAUUAUCUGCGCCGAAGCAAGCGGUAGACGAAAUUUGUUUUUCUCCUUCUUUUAUCUAAUCGAAUUUCUUAAAAUAUAGUAAAUACUUACUGCCAUACGAUGUUUCGGUGGUUUUUUUGAUAAGAGCGAGUGCAACCGUCGUCGAUAUAAUAACGAGUCAAUAUUUUUGGUAUUCUCUUAUUUCUAACGUUGAUUCUAAAUAAAAAAAAACUACUCUCGACUUUCACUUUAAUAUUUAGUACUAUCAUGCCGAAUAUUUUCUUUUCACUUAACACUAGUUACAGAAAAAAAUUGCCAUAUUUGACUUUUUGGAAUCAACGUUCGGAUGUUUUCCUCAAAAAAUAAUGCCUUUUAAUGAAAAUGUAACGCGAGUUUUGUUAUUAUAAUUUUAUUUUGUUUGUUGUUAGGUUUUCAAUUUUUUUUUGUUUUUUACGAUUUUAAAUUUGUAAAAAUCCACCUGUAAAUUUUGUACAACAAAUAAUUUAUUUUUCUGUUACUGCGAGUGUUGUAAAUAUAAAAAAAAAUAUGUACAAAAAAAGCAAAUCCGGACAAUUAUAGACUGAGUAAGCAAAUUGUUGCGAAGGUGACCUAAUGAAUUUUUCUUUUAAUUGUUAGAAUAAAAAAUUUGAACGGAGACAGAGAGAACGUUAAUUUUAUUCUCCAUAUGUCUUCUAAUUCCUUGGAUGUUUCCAAAAAUUUUCUCGUUUCAUUUUAAUCGUUUGCUUCGUCUUCAAUAUUUAAUAGCUUACAGAUAUCACCUUUUCAAUUAAUAUUUUUCCAUAUUUUCCGUAUCAACUAAUAUUUCGCAUCGCGUCUUCCAUUUUCUACAACAUAUGGUCAGUAGAAAAAUGUAGCAAUAAAUUGUAAGUUUUGCUCAAUUUCAAAUCAAAUUUUUUUUCUUUGUGUUUCUUUUCGUCUCUGUUCAUUUCAAUUGAAUACCAGCGAUAUAAUCAAAUAUAAAUAUUUAUGUAUUUUUUUUCUUUGUAACAAAUACUUUGCCAAAGAGACGGGGAUAUUUUGAAUGUUGCCCAAAAGAUGUAAAAGAUACUCAGAGGUGGCUAGCAAAAUCUUACUUACUAAAUUUUAGAACAAUUUGUAAAUAAUGAACAAAAUAUUCAACAAACAUUUUCCUAAACAAAAAUACGCGAUUAUUUUUUAUUCGUUGGAAAAUAUAUUCGAAAGCACUUUUUUUUAUUUUAUUCAUUUAUUUCUAUUUUGGGCAGUCGUCCACCAAUUCAAUCGGUGUUUGAUUAAUUAAUAAUAAAUAAUUUGUGGUAGUCAAUUGAAAUUGACGAUUUAGGGAAAA